AUGAUUGUUUUGUGUUUUCGGACCUCUCCCGCGCCGAUUUGCCGCAAGGCCACCGAGUGUUUACUGUCGGCGCGACGUGGGGCUGCGUCCAGCCUGGAAGCGGCGACAUGGCGGCUCGGGCGCGCACCUGUCACCGCGGCAGAUGGACGCGUCAGGACCUUCGGCCUCAGCGGCACUUCGUGUCGUCUCGGUCCGCUUCCGUCGACGUGGUGGAGGCCGUGCAGGACUCUGCUCGUCCUCCGCGGAAGUCGUAGUCGAUUGGCGGUCAACUCCCGAGCGCUACUGUCCACUGGAGGACGAGGGCUCAGUGGGAAGAGCAACCAGGAAGCGUCGGACAAACCGGGGGAAGCGACCACGGUACCCGGACAGGGGCUGUUUAAGUUUAAAGAACUGUAUGAGAACCCAUGGACUGUCCCCAACCUGCUGUGCGUGUGUCGGAUAGUCCUAGCUCCUUUCCUGGGUUACCUCAUCAUCCAGCAACACUUCCACCUCAGCCUUGCGCUCUUCUCACUGGCUGGAGCCACUGACCUGCUGGACGGUUACAUCGCCAGAACGUGGCCCACUCAGAAGUCAGCAUUGGGAAGUGCCCUGGACCCACUGGCUGAUAAAAUCCUCAUCAGCAUUUUAUACAUCAGCCUUACGUAUGCAGACAUCAUACCAGCACCGCUGACGGCUCUGGUGGUUUUCAGAGACAUCGGUUUGAUAGCUGCCGUCUUUUGGGUCAGAUACAAGACUGUGCCGCCGCCGGUGACCCUCAGUAAAUUUUUUAACCCCUGCUACACCACUGCUCAGCUCAAGCCGACACUUUUCAGCAAGGUGAACACAGCCAUUCAACUGGUUCUGGUUGCAGCAUCCUUGGCGGCUCCAGUUUUCCAGUUCACAGAUAGCAUCCUGCUGCAGGGUUUGUGGUUUGUCACCGCCAUGACGACCACAGCGUCGGGCUACAGCUACUGGCACUACGGCCGAAAGACAGUACGGGUGCUAAACACCCGGUCAUCAUGA